UGCCUGCAGCCAAGACUAUUCGAGUUCAAGUGGUCAUUUAUGUUAUAACAUACAAAUAAUGCUAUAAAAAUUGUUGAUGUAUGAUUGUUUCUAUUGAACAUAUUUUAUAAUAAAUGGAUCAAUGGCUUUCCACCAGGGGGCUUAUGGGUGGAACUCCCACAGAUCUUACUUUCACUUUUCAUUAAAAUACUUUAUGCUGUGAAAAGAACAUUUGACAUAUUUGGCACAUCAACAUUUCAGAUAUUAUUGACUGACAAUUAUGCCUAACCAAAUCAAAUUGUUGAUCUUAUUGUGUUCGACAAAGGCUGUGUUCUCCAUAACCAAGAAUGGUCCUUGCGAAUUGGGAGGCGAAGUUGUGUUGACGCCGGACUCUGUGACUAACCCCCCCUCAUCAAUCCUAUGGAGGCUGGGGCUGAACAAGGUGGCAGACUUUGAAGCGGAUUUUGGCCCUGAGGUAACCUACUAUGGUGACUUCAACGGCCGCACAACCCUAGAUACAACUACUGGAGUACUGACAAUCACCGGGUUGAGGAAAACAGAUGAAGGGGUGUACUCUGUGGAGUUUAACAGCAAACGGCUUGAGAAGACCUAUACAUUAUCUGUUCUCAAACCAGUCCCCAAACCAGCUAUCAAUGUUUCCUGCGAUGACAACAAAAUCUCCUGCACUCUGACCUGUGAUGGUGACACAGCUGGUGCUGAACCAGUCACCUACUGGUGGAAAGUGGGAGAGGACUGGGAGCGGAUUGGCAAGUUACUGACUGUCAGUAAGAGUGACAGUAAACUCCAUCAAAAUGGUUACACCUGCAAGCUGAAGAAUGGUGUUAGUGAGAAAGACAGUGAUCCAGUGGGACCGUUGUUUGACCCAAGAGAAACUCUCUUAACUACCAAGGCCAAGGAUUAGAGGAGCCAGUAUUUUAGGAUGGUGCUGAUAUCCUGACCCUAAUCUUACAUAAGGACAUCCAAGACAUCUGCUCUGUUACCGUCUGGAAGGAGGUACUGGACCCACAGGGCUCUGAGACUAUGUCUGUACCCAAGCAUUUCUACAGUCCACAAACCCUACUGAAUACUCAUAUACAAUACAAGCCUUCCUAUUUCUCAAUUGAAACAUGUAUCUUUCGAUAUUUGGACAAAUACAUAUGUUUUCUCAAAUUAAGUUAUGGUUUGAAUGUAGUUGUAAUAGAAUAUAUCUUUCAUAUAGAUAUUAACUUGUUUAAAAUAGUUGGAAAUGUAUUAUUAUUAUUUUAUCUAAAAAGUAUAAAACUAUAAACAGUGUUUUGGGUUCACCUAUAUCUCUAAAGGUGGUACAGCAGGAUAAUGACCGGUCAAUGUAAGUCAUUGACAACUACUUUGGGUCAUUGGCUGAAUUGAGCUGAAGUAAUCACCAAGUGGUAUAAUCACUCUAUUCUGUCUCCAGAA